AUGGCUGUCCAAAACCCUUCGUCUUCCUCGAGCAGCAAUGCGGAGACGCCGCCACUGCACCUACUCCUCUUCCUCCACUUGCUGCUUGUCGCGCCAGCUGCCACCUCUCUCAGCUUCAGCUACGACUCCUUCGUCUCCGACGAUUUCAGGCAGGAGGACGACGCCAUGGUCACCGACGGCCGGAUCGAGCUGCUCGGCGAGGAGUUCUCGGCGCGGGCCAGGGGACGGGCGCUGUACAAGCAGCCGGUGCAGCUCUGGAACGGCGCCACCGGCGAGGAGGCCAGCUUCGCCGCGGGGUUCAACUUCACCAUCCGGUCGGUGGCUGGCCGCGGCAACGGGUUGGCCGGCCACGGCAUGGCGUUCUUCCUCGCGCCGUUCAUGCCGGACAUGCCGCAGGAGUGCUACGAGGGCUGCCUCGGCCUGUUCGACCAGAGCAUGGCGAAGAGCGGCGCCAUGGGUAACGCCACCGGCGCCGCCAGCUUCGUCGCCGUCGAGUUCGACACGCGGAGGGAUGGAUGGGACCCUAGCGGCCGGCACAUCGGCGUCGACGUGAACAACGUCGACUCGCGCGGGAACUACAGGGUCCUUCCGGACGACAGCCUCGUCGACGCCGGCGUGAUGUCCGCGACGGUCGCGUACGACAGCGGCACGAGGACGCUGGGCGUCACCCUCGCCGUCGGCGGCGCCACGUACAACCUCUCGGCGGACGUCCACUUGCGAAGCUUUCUGCCGGAGCAGGUCGCUGUGGGGUUCUCGGCGGCGACCGGCGACGAGUUCGCCAGCAACCACACAGUGCUGUCCUGCACCUUCAGCUCGACUCUGCCGACGAGGAGGACACGCACCACCCCGGCAUCAACCUCGUUAGCCAGGCCGGCGCAUAUCAGCGCCGCCGUGGCCGCGGCCGGCGCGCUGAUGCUCCUCCUCGCCGUCGCCGUCGCCGUGCUCAUCCGCCGCCAUGCUCGCCGACGCGACGGCAGCAAAUACCACGCGUCCACCUCCGACGGCGACGACCCCCUCGGCGUCGGCGACGAGGAGGACCUGGAGUCCGGGACGGGGCCACGCCCCAUCCCGUACGCACAGCUGGCGGCGGCGACGGGCGGCUUCUCCGAGGACGUCAAGCUCGGGCAGGGCGGGUCCGGGGCGGUGUACGGCGGGCGCGUGCGGGAGCUGGGGCGCGACGUGGCGAUCAAGGUGUUCACGAGGGGGGCGUCGACAGAGGGGAGGAGGGAGUACAGGUCGGAGGUGACGGUGAUCAGCCGGCUGCGGCACCGGAACCUGGUGCAGCUGGUGGGGUGGUGCCAUGGCCGGCGGCGGCUGCUGCUGGUGUACGAGCUGGUGCGCAACGGCAGCCUCGACGGCCACCUCUACGGCAACGACGACGCGCUGACUUGGCCGCUCAGGUACCAGAUUAUUGUUGGAUUGGCCUCCGCCGUGCUGUACCUCCAUCAGGAAUGGGAGCAGUGCGUCGUCCAUGGCGACAUCAAGCCCAGCAACAUCAUGCUCGACGAGUCCUUCAACGCCAAGCUCGGCGACUUCGGCCUCGCGCGCCUCAUCGACCACGGCAUGAGCCUCCAGACCAUGACCGCCGUCGCCGGCACGCCGGGCUACCUCGACCCGGAGUGCGUCAUCACCGGCAAGGCCUCCGCCGAGUCCGACAUGUACAGCUUCGGCGUCGUCCUGCUCGAGGUGGCGUGCGGGAGGCGCCCCAUGACGGUGGCGCCGCCGCCCCACAAUGCUGCCGCCUUCGACGACGAUGGCGGCGACGGCGAGCGCCAGGUGUUCCGGCUGGUCGAGUGGGCGUGGGAACAGUACGGCCGGGGUGCGGCGGCGGCGCUCGACGCCGUGGCGGACGCGCGGCUCGGCGGCGCGUUCGACCGGUGGGAGAUGCAGCGCGUGGUGGCCGUCGGGCUGUGGUGCGCGCACCCGGACCCGAGGGCGCGGCCGUCGAUCAGGCAUGCGGCGGAGGCGCUGCAGUCGAGGAAGUUCAGGAUGCCGGUGCUGCCGACGAGGAUGCCGGUGGCCGUGUACCUGCAGCCGUCCGCCGCGUCCACCAUGAAGUACGGCGACAGCAUGAGCUCCGUCGGGUCGGCGGCUGUUGGUUACUCGUCGACCAGCCUCGCGACGGCGACGGCGACGGCGUCGUCCAACUCCAGCUUGCCGCCGGCCAUCUCUGGCAGCUUGAGCCCAAGAGAAUGAGCUUUAAUUUUAGUAUUACAUCUUGGUAAAAUGGUAAUUGUGGUAGGUAGGGAAGGAUACAAGUUGAGUGCAAAGGAGUUGUGCUUGUAAUAUUUGAAAGAAAUGAUG